AGCUCCCAAAUGCCGAAUAUGCUUUGCUCUCUUCUACAAAUAUCCUUUCCCUCUCUCACCCUUCUCUUUCUAUUUUUUUAUUACUAUAACAAAAAAGUCCGUCUAUAUUUUCAUCCUUAAUCAACUUUAUUUCUCAUUGAUCCCGUCUUUUUCUUUCUGUUUCCAUCUUUGGGUUUUCAAGUUAUUUCCUUUGUUAAUCAUGGAGAUUAUCUUGGAACUUUUUCUGACAGCUUUUAUUGCUCUUGUUUUUUCUUUCUUGAUAGCCAAGAUUGUCUCUCUGGCUACCGGUGGUGAUGCUAGUGGGGGUUGUAGUGGUGGUGACGAUGACAAGAUCAUCAUGGAACAGUUGGAAUUCGCCGAGAAAUUGAAAGUUUCAAGCUUUGAAAGUGAAAAGAAAGUUGAUUUCGUUAAAGAAAGUGGUGAUGAUAACAAGGUUGUUGUUCUUGAAUCAGUUGAUGAUGAUGAUAAUGAUGAUCAGGGUUUUAAAAGUGAAACGAAAGUUGAUGAAUUGGAAGGUGAGGAAAGUGAGGAGGUCGUUGAAAGAUCGAAACUUGAAAGCUUUGUGCAAGAAACCGACAAGAAAAUCGAUGGUUUUGAGGCAGAAGUUGAGAGAAUUGGUGAAGAAAUAGAAGCUGAAAAUAAAACCAAAUUCCAACCACAAGAAAUUAGAAUUGAAGAGAGUCAAAUGAAGGUGCUUGGGGAAGAAGAAAAGGAAGUGAAACUGGCGAAUUAUGAGGAUGAAGAUGAUGAUUGGGAAGGGAUAGAGAAGAGUGAAUUGGAGAAAGUUUUUGGAUCAGCUUCUAAAUUCAUUGAACAAGAAGGAGAUUUGGGUAUAGGGAAUGAUGUUCAAAUGGAACUAUAUGGACUCCACAAGGUUGCAACAGAAGGGCCUUGUCAUGAAUCACAGCCAUUGGCUUUCAUGGUUGCUUCUCGUUCCAAAUGGAAUGCUUGGCAAAAGCUGGGGAACAUGAGUCCAGAGGCGGCUAUGGAGCAGUAUGUUGCCCUUGUUUCAGAUAAAGUUCCGGGGUGGACGAAAGAUACUUCCGAUGGAGAGCGGAAAUUAGAAUCUGCAGACCAAGGCGUUGCUGGUUCUGUGGCUCCUGAUAUAGAUUCAUUUCCAGAUAAGCAGGCCAUUUUUAUGCAUGAAAGGAAUGCAGACUCGAAUACUGCUCCAGCAGGUGGUGACAUAACUGAGAGCGCAAGCCUUGAGAAGCAGGCCAAAGACUGAUUAGAGCAUCGCCCUGAUUUCAUCUCCCCCCUAGACCGCAGGGGCCAUUCUCCUUGGUCAGAAACAAGACUAUAUUUUACCACCAAUUAUAAAUAUCAUCCUUAGACUGAAUAAUCUAUCCCUUGUUUAUCUAUAUAUCCCUGUUUACAUCGCCGUGUGGUUAAAAAUUGAAACUAUUGAUUGUUGUUGUAUAUUAUGCAUGUAAAUAAAAAGGGUGAAGCACCCAUGUUUCUAGUAA